AAAGAAAUUUCGACACUCAAUUUACAGCGGCGAUAUAGGCUGUAACAAUGACCCACGUUGAGCAUCUGUCUGACCAAAUCGCAGCUGCUCAUCUUGACAGGAGGAGAAACAGGGAGCAGCAACGCCAAGAGAGAAUUUUCAAUGACAAAUUCCGUACGAUUGGGGUUGAUAAGGAUGCUCUCGACCAUCAAGUUAAAGAACGAAGAGAACAAGACCAACGUGAAGCGAAUGAACAUAAAACCUACGUUGAUGAUCUGCUGUGCAGUGAUCGUGUAGCCUGUAUCCUGGACCAGCGGCAGAAAAAAGAUGAGCGCCUACUGAAUGAAACCAUCGUGCAAUUCAGACAGCAGUUCCAGCAGGCCAGCUGCAGGCGUGAGUUUGAUCUGAAUGAUCCAGAGCUGCUGAAGAAGCAGGAAGGGAUGCAGAUACUGCCGGGACUAAAUGGGGAAGAUCUGGCCAGGAAAGACAGGCUGAGGAAGCAGCAGGAGCAGCUCAGGGCAUGGUCCCUAAAACAGCAACAAGAACUGGAGCGAGCAAAACAACAGCUAAAAGAAGAAGUGCAUCAGAACGAACAAAGCAUGCUGUCAUUGGACAACAGAGCUGUUGAACUGCAGAAGAUGGAGGAAGAAUGCAAGAGAGCUGCAGCCAUUGCCAACAAAGACUUUAACCUGGCACUGGCCGCAGAGAUGACAAAUCGACGUCGACAAGAGCAUCACGAAGAGGAUGAGAACAACCAGACGGAUAUCCUGAAUCAGUUAAAUGGGGACCUGCUGACUGAAAACCCUGAACAGAGUGCUAGUGUGCUGGGUCUGUCUCGCCUGCGUAGGGACCUUUACAAGGGGAUGACCCCUGAAGAACUGCAAAUGUACACUCAAUACCAGCAGCAGCAAGCAGAAGAGAAGAAGCGUGCUUGCUUAGAGCAGCGGGAAAAGGAGCUGCAGGACUAUAACAUGCGUAUUGCAUCAGCCCGUGCUGCAUUACUACUUGAAAGACAGCAAGCACGUGUUAAUAAGGAGCUACGCAGGGCUAUGGACAACACCAACAAACAACUGGCCCAAGCCCAUGAUGCUCAGACGAAACAUCUUCAGAAGGAGUACAUCAACAUUCCUGAUGAGCGCUAUUUUUCCCAGUUUAACACCAGCAGUAGAUAAAGAAUACAGAUGAACCCUGAAAUAACACCAUUAGGGCCCAGCAAUAGAUAUUGAAAAGUAU